AUGUCAUCGAAGUCGACAGAUGAGGUCUUGACCAAACCAACAUCCGUGGAAGAAGGCAGUAAUGCUUUGGAAUUCACUGUUUCCGACAUAACAGUAUGUGGCAAAUAUGUAUGCUACCUGACGCUGGUCUACUUCAUACUGGUACUCAUACAGGUCUCCAAUAUACUCUUCAUGACUUUCGCUGACCGGAAACCAACGGUGAAGGAUGUUUGUGAGAAGCACUACCCGGACUACUUACUCUCCAAGAGAUGCAAUAUAACAAAUUGUUGGGUGACAACCAAUGAAACUGGAAAUGUCAUUUGCUCCACAAGCACCUACGACUUCAUCCCGAUCAGAUACGAUUUUGAUGUACCUACGAAAUUUGUUAAAUUGGGUACAACAAUGCAGAAUGUUGGCUUGAUGAUUGGCGCUAUUUUGGCCGGAAAUGCCGCAGAUAUUUUUGGCAGAAAGAAAGUACUGUUGACAUUCACGGUCUGUUUGAUAGUAUGCCUCAUUGCGACGCCACUUGCGCCGUCCUUUGUCGUUUUCACAGUCCUUCGCUUUUUCGAUAUGCUCUUCACGGGCGGCAAGCAUUGUGCUUGCAUUCCAUAUUUCAUGGAAAAUCUUCCGGACAAGCAUCGCAUGUGGAUUGCCACCAUAAUCAACUAUUCUCCCAAUUUCAUCGUUCUGGCUGGUAUUGCUUAUCUCUGUAAACAGUGGAAAGUACUGUCAUGGACAAUUGCUGGAAUUGCCAUAUUACCUCUCAUCAUGAUACCGUAA